AUGAAAAAAUUAGGGAGAAAACUAGAUUUUUUUUAAUCCCCAGUUGAGUUGAUGAUCCAUAAGAAAAAAUCACAUCAGUCAUUAUUUGGAACAUCCAUGACAAUUUUGAUGUUUACUUGCGUUUUAAUGUACAUAAUCAAUAAAUUUGUGUAAUUGGGAUAAAGAAAGGAAUUUUAAACCUUAUAUUCAGAGGUAUACUAUGAAGAGAUUCCAGUAUUCCCAUUAUAUUCCAAGAAUUUCACUUUAUAGUUUGCGUUUUAAACUGAAAAUUAAAAAAAUUAUAUUGAUGAAACUAUAUACUAAGUCAACGCUGUAAUGGUUAAUAGAGCAUAGGUUAUUAAUGAUCAAAAACCUAGCGUGUCAUCGACUAGAACGAAAAUUCCCCUAUCUAAAUGUGCAAAAAUCGGAAUACCUUAUGAAGAUUUGGAAGAUUAACUUGAUGAUGUUGAUUCUGAAAAUACAUAUUGCCUAGACUGGAAUAACAUUUCUAAUCUCAGUUUAAUUGGAACUCCCGAAUAGGAAAACUACACUUAUAUAUAUAUAAGCUUUCAAUAAUGUGUGAAUGACACUUAAAAUAUCAACAGUACAGUUUGUAAGUCUAAAGAAGAAAUUUAAUAAAAAUUACAUCGAAAUUAUAUUUUAUUCCAAUUGUCAUCUUAUAAUAUUGAUUUAAGAAACUACCUCAAACCAAAUGUUCCGAAAGUUGAAGAAAUUCAGACAACAAUUUCAAGUCAAGUUAUGAAAGAUAUCACCUUAUUCAUGCAACCAAUAACCACAUUGACAGAAGAAGGACUAUUAAAUGAAUUAGUACGUAGGGAUUCAACAAUUAGAUACUUGAAGACUUAAGAAGUUAUAGACUUUAAUAGCGAAGAAGCCUUAGCAUCAGUUUUGAUUCGAUUGGCAAACACAGAGAAUAUAAGUUACAGAAUUUAUCCUAAAUUAUAAGACAUUUUGGCUUAAGCUGGUGGUUUAUGGGAGGUUCUAAUGCUUGUUUUUACCAUUUUGGUCAAACCUAUUCAAUCUUUAUCUUAUAAGUUAGAUGUUAUUAAUAAUCUGUUUAAUUUUGAGGGAUAAAAAUUAUCAAAUGACGAGGAUGGAAGCAAAUAAAUCUUAAAGAGACUGACAAUUAUCUAAGAUGGCGUUUAAACUCAUGAAAAUGAUCCCUCUAAUAUGAUAAAUUAAUAAAAGUCGAAGACCUCUAUUCGAUUUCCUAGAGGGAGACUGACACAUAAAACAACAAAAUUAGAAAAUGGCAAUUUUGGGUGGGCAGAGAAGUCUUCCCAAAUUGUUACUAAUUCACCAGAAAAUGAUAAAUUAAUUCAGAAAGGCAUUCGAUAUGCAUUAAGGAAAUUAUUUAAUAUAGCUACACUGAAAUUAAGACUAAGUCCUCUUGAUUAUAUUAAAUAUUUAAAGUGUGGAAAAAAGGUAGGAAAGUUUAAAUAAUUGCACUACUCGAUAAACAAAUUGGAGAAAUGCUUGGACAUACUAUUUAUUAUCGAUAAGUUGUAAGAAAUUGAUAAACUCAAAAUGAUUCUAUUAAGCAAAUAACAGGUGCAGCUUUUCGAUUUUUUACCAAAACCUCUCAUUUCUUUAAACCCUAGUAACUUGUAAUAUAACGAAUCAUAAAUGUAUUCGUCUUUGUUGCAACCGUACAAAUCCUAAAAAUAGAAAGCUCAAGAAGCAUAGUUAGUUCUGGAUGAACUACUUGAAAAUUUGGAUGAUCCUAUUACUAUUAAACUUAUCUCUUUGAUGGAUCCUAAUAUUUUUAAGCUUCUGUAAAUAUAAUUUGACCUCAAAAAGAGAAAGGCUUCUAAAAUUACCACUCCUGAAAUAUUAGAAUAGUGAAAUAUAUAUGUUUAUUAUUAA